AUGAUCGUUGAACCAGGAGUACUCUGGACACCCGACUGCACCAUUCUAGCGCUUGUAUAUGCUCCGUUUCUACUAGGACAACUUCCACCAUACUCGAUACUAUGGGGUCUGUGUCUACCGAUGCAGCCUUUCGCAUAUAAAAAGUCGCCCAAGGGGCGUUAUUUCCGCGAACUCAAAGUCUGCUUGGUUACAAAGGGGACAAAUAUGCAGACUGUGCUUAAUUCCAUCAAACCGUGGCACAAUUGCAAACACUAUCAGAACAUCACUUUCCACGUGGUGCUAGAUUCCGCCGAUGGUUCCCAAGUCGCACUUCCUGGGUUUGUCAACGUGGUGAAUGUGCCAGCCUCAUUUCAACCAGCCCAUGCCAAAUAUAAAGGACGAGCGUUGGAAUGGUGUCGACUGCAUUGGAAGCUAUCCGAGCUCGACUGGGUACUCCAUCUGGACGAAGAAACCGAGAUCGAUGAGUACCUGGUGAAAGCGUGUUUCGACUUCAUUGAGCGAGGAACGGAGGAUAUCGGGAUGGUAGGUAUCCCCGUUGAAGCAUUGCUUUGCAUAGUACUAAAGCACGUACAGGGAACAAUCUACUACACAGCACAUAAUUAUUGGAAAAAUCCAUUCCUGACCACUGCUGAAGUAUUCAGAGUCGCAGAUGACUUUGGCCGUUUCCAACUUCCAGUCCGACUUUUCAAACGCCCGUUGCUUGGCUGGAUGCAUGGCUCUUUUAUAUUGAUCAACGGUUCUGUGGAGAACAAAGUCACCUGGGACACUGGGUGUCUUGCCGAGGACUUUUGGUUUGCGCUCCAUGUAUGUGAUCUGAACUACAUAAACAAGGGACUUUCUAAAUCCGAAAACAUUCGAGCAGGCCGCACGGCAAGGAUUCAAAUUCGGCUGGAUCCACGCAAUCGCACGAGAACAGCCUCCCAUCAGAGUUUCAGACUUGGUCAACCAACGUAG